UGCUUGUUAAACGGAGCUCGAUAGAAGCAACAACCUUUUGACGUCAUCGGACUGAAAUCAUCUCCGGCCAGUCUUUCGCCUGCGCCCAACUCAGGUACAACCAACCAACUCCAACCAACUCUUUUAAUUAACUUCCCCAUCCCCCUUCUCAUCCAUCACCUUCCCCAGCUCUUUCCUUUCCCUUGACUCUCCCGACACAAUGGCCCCCGUACCCGACUCGCUACUACGAAUCCUGGAGAUCCCCGACCCCGCCAAAGCCAGCCUCUCCACGGCCGGCCUGGGAUCCGGCUUCACCAGCACCGGAGCCAUUCGCGCCACGGUGCCCAGCCCCGACGGCCAUGGGGAAGAGGAGCGUCGCUACUUCGUCAAGACCUCGGCCGACGGCAAGGCCGCCGGGGAGAUGUUCCGCGGCGAAUACGAGUCGCUCAACGCGAUCGCCACCUCGGUCCCGGGGUUCUGUCCACGCGCUUUGGCCUGGGGCCCGCUGGAAGAAGGCAACGGGAAGAGCUUCUUCCUGGCGACCGAGUUCCUCGAUCUCGGGGUGAGCGGCCGUCGAGGGGAGUCGUUGGCGCAGCGACUGGGCAAGCUGCACUCGACGCCUGCCCCGGUCGACCAGGAGACGGGGCGGCGGCGGUUUGGAUUCCCUGUGCCGACGUUCUGCGGCGACACGAAACAGCCCAACCGGUACUGCGACUCGUGGGCGGACUUCUAUGCCAACGAGCGACUGCUGACGAUCCUGGCGACGUCGGAGACCCGCAACGGGCUGGACGCCGGCCUGCGCGACAUGGUGGAGCGGACGGCACGCGUGGUGGUCCCCGCGCUGCUGGGCGAUCGGCACCUUGGAUACGAUCGGAGCGGUCAUGGGGAAGGGAUCACCCCGGUUGUGGUGCAUGGGGAUCUGUGGUGUGGGAAUGCGGAUCGGGGUCGCAUUGUGGGCAGUGGGCGAAAGGCGGAUGAAGAGGCCGGCGAUGUGGUCUACGAUCCGUCGGCAUGCUACGGGCACAGUGAAUUCGACCUGGGGAUCAUGAAGAUGUUUGGGGGGUUUGGGGGCGCGUUCUUCACGGACUAUCACAAGAUGGUGCCCAAGACAGAGCCGGUGGACGAGUACGAUGACCGCGUGAGGUUGUAUGAGCUGUACCAUCAUCUGAACCACCUUGCGAUCUUCGGGGCUGGAUAUAAAUCGGGGGCUGUCGCGAUCAUGCAGAAGCUGUUGCGGAAGUAUGGGAAUUGAUGGGGACUAUAUGCUGUAGAGGAAGAAGGUAUAUAUGGUUUGGUCUCUGGGAUGCUUAAUGAGACUAUCUAUCUCUACAGCACUGGAUCUAUUUGACAGGCGAUUCUGGGUGGCCUUAAUGCUCUCUCGGUCGAGAUGAUGGUGGUGGUGUUCAAUCUACAGCCUGCGGGGCAUGUUGUGAAUUAAUAAU